UCAUAACGCUAGGUCUACAACUCAGUUUACUAGGUGAACAAACGACAUCAAGAUACAGAAAACAGCCGAGUUUUGAAGAGCUCGUCUGCUUCUCCACACAGCAACUUGAAGGCCAAUAUGGCGUGAAACAUGUGCGCAAAUACAAAGACAGGAAGAAAUAUUUUACACCAAAGCAGAGUCUUAGCAACAGAAAACGAAAGUUGAAUGUACAAUCAUUAUGGAAUGCUAUGACAAUUAUUAUUCAAAUGAUACGUGCCCAUUCAAUACAGAUACGCUCUCUCGUUUCUGCUUAAAAUCGUUUAAAGCCGCUUACCUUCGAUUUUAAUUAUGUGUGUUAUGUGAACGGAAUGAUGUUAGCAUAAAUCGCUGUCCGAAAUAUAAAUAAAUAAAGAUGUCAGCUUUGUGAGGCUUAAAGAAAGAAUGAGUAAAUCUCCACGCCCCAACAGUGUUCCUAAACUGGAAUUGGAUAAGCUUGUUGGUGAGCACCCAGAAGAUGGCAAACAUGCACAACCAAUAAAGAAGUCUCAUGCAGUGCAGUCCCCAACUGCAAGAUCAGAUAUAAGUUGGGGAACUUCACUUUCUGCUCCUUAUGCUUUGACAAGUGCUGAUAUCAGAAUAGGGAGAACUGUACAUCGACCGUGUACACAUAUCACUCAUGGUGAUAAAUUACAGACUCACCAAACUUCAAAUGCAACCAAUGUUAACAGAAGAAAGGAUAAUGGAUAUGAUUUCAUGCAAGAUAAACCACAGAAAGCAACUUUAAAAAAUGUCAAAAACACUGCUUCAUAUCAAACAACAUAUAACAAUCCUGCAAUUAAUAAACAUUUAAAGGCAGUUGUUUCUAAGUCACAUGUGGAUAAAGAAGAAGAAAAUAUGGGGGCACCUGGUGUUAAAGACAACAAAUCUACAGAAAAGAAUAAAUCAAAAUACUGGUAUCUUGACGAAGAUAUGGUGGAUAAACCACCCUCACCAAAGGAGGUAGAUACUGGUUAUACAGUGGAUGAUAUGGCAAAAUUUCAAACAGAAUAUACAUCUAAACCUUAUACUGGACUUCAUGAGUUAAGAAAAUAUGCAGCAGAAGAACAAUUGAUCCAGAAACAGAAACAAGACAUCAUAGAACAAGUUCUCAUCGAUCAAUUAUCUAAACAUGUGAUCAGUGAUGCAGAACAAGAUAAAGAUCCGUCUCGACAGAAUCCAUGUGACCCAUCGUCCAACAUCAAUGCUGCUCCGCUUAGAUUUCGAAGCAGACGACUCCAUAACACGCAAGUAAGCACAGUUGGUGCAUCAACUGAAUCGAAAUUAAAAAGUCGAACAACAUUUGGAGGUCGAAUAAUAACUAGGGAUGGUCGGGAUGCCCUCCGUGAACUCUUUGGUUUUUAUUUCCAUAUUGACCAAACAUUGACUGUGUAUGAAUAUCGACGUUUUGGAAAGAACACCAACAAAGCACUCCCUCUGAUAGAACGAGGAAAAUAUUGUCAUGUUGUUGGCCGAAGGAAGGGAAAACAAUAUUCUGCAGUUGAUUUUGGUUUAGGAAGAAAUAUCAGUUUCUCAACAAAAAACCUCGCUCAUUUACCAGACUCACUGAAACAAAACCCAACACUUGUUAUAAGAAUUUGUGAAGUCACUUCAUCGCAAACAAAUUCUAAUUGGGAUUUGGAGUCAUCAGACCGUGGCGAUGGUUCAGACACAGCACUGGAACGAAAUGAUAGGAAAAUUACACUAAAAGUUCAAUCAUUAAUACGUCAAAAGAUUGGAGAUCGUAGUGUUAGUAUCGUGGUUGGGCUGGGCAAGUUAUUCCGACAACUUGAUCGAUCUGGGGAUGGUAGGUUGGAUAAACAGGAACUACAACGUGCGAUGGAGAAGUUUAACCUGACACUUCCACCUCAGGAUUUUCAAGCAGUAUGGAGAGUGGUCGAUGAGAAUAAUGAUGGAGCGAUUGAUUAUGGAGAAUUUAUGAGAUCCUUUAUUGGUGAAAUGAAUGAAACACGAAACUCAAUUGUUAGGAAGGUAUUUAAAAAGAUUGAUCCUCAUAAAACUGGGUACGUGAAGUUACUUGAUAUGCAGAAACUCUAUUGUGUGAAGAAUCAUCCACUUGUCGUUGCUGAUAAAUUUUCCGAGACAGAGAUGAAAGAGAACUUCAUGACAUCAUUUAAUGAGUUAAGUUCUAAGAACAAUGGACAAAUAUCUUACGUUGAGUUUGAUGAGUAUUAUGAAGGUGUUAGUUUAACUGUUGCAAAUGAUGGUGAUUUUAUCAACAUGAUGCGAAAUUGCUGGGGAGUAUGAUGUUUCAAUGUAUUUAAAAAUUACUCAUUUUUUUUCGUUAUGUUUUUUUCCUUCACUUUUCAGAUGUUUUAUUGAAACUGUUCAAGCUUUUAAUGGUUUCUCAAACAUUCUAAGUCAUUAGUUUAUCUCUGAAAACCUUUGCACAAUAAUUUAUAACUCUCAAGCACUAACUCCAACCCCACGAAUAAAAGUUGACUUUAUUUGAUUGGCUCAAUUAAUAAACAUUGUGUAUGAUCACAGCAAUGAAACAACACAUGUUAUUUUGCCCAUCCACAUACAUUUGUAUUUGCCAACAGACAUAUUUGGCAAUGUUUUUUAAAAGUUAUUUCAAUAUUUUAUUUCUUUUAAAUUAAAUUGAUUCGGUGCUAUUUAGUUUCAUAUAACACUGUUUUUGCAAUUAGUUUUUUAGUCCCUGUAAUUUAUAUAUUAAUAACAUUGCAAUUAUUUUAGUGUAAAAAUUAAACUUAUAUUUUUCGUAGCAAAUAAAUAUUUAA